AUGAUUGUCAGAGGGCUCUCAAACAUGGGAAAAGGGCAGUCCAAGGCCGCAGAGCCUCCACAAGGUGAUGGCGCGGACAAAGAGCCAGACGGAUUCAAGGUCGGCGACCGCGUGGCAGUCACCAUGGACGUCGAAAACUUCAGGCUUCUUCAGAACGACUAUGGUGGAUGGGAAGCCCAAAUGUCUCUCAUAUUUGGGAACGUCGGCAUCGUCCAGAGGCUGUUGCCCAGCGGUGGCCUCAUGGUUAACUACGAGGUGGCCAAUGCCACGUGGCAGCUGAACCCUGUAGCAGUAGAAAAGCUCAUCGCCUACAAAACGGGAGAUAAAGUGAGGGUAUGUGUGGCGCUUGAAGCGAUGAAGGAGCUGCAAAAAGGCCACGGUGGAUACAAUGAAAAUAUGAGGCCGAGGAUGGGAAAUCAGCCCAAGUAA